GAGUCCAAACCCUAUUAUUUUUUUUUUCUUACCCACCGGAAAAACCCAAUUUAAAAAUACAAACUAAAAAAAAAAAAAAAAGAAAUUUAUAUAAAUAUAUAUAUAACUUUUUAAGGAAAGGAGAAAAAAAGAAAACAAUUAUUAUGUAAAUAACGAGGGAGGAAGAUGGUAUUGUCUGUAAUAUAAUUUUCCAGAUCGGGGGGGACAGAGUUAAAGCCUUCGAUUUUGGUCUCUUAGAUCGCCACCAUUAACCUACAUUGCUACGAUCUCAUCGCAAAGUUUGAAAAUUUUUUAUUCUUUUUCAUAAUUUUUCCUUUUUGAGCUCGAUCUGGUUUGAAUGGAGUUUUGUUUGGAACUCGGUUUGAGUUUUAAAUCUCUGUAGCCGGGUUGGAUUUUUUUUUCUUAUGUGGUUUUUUUUUUGGCCGAUCUGACCGGGGAUUUAGGAAAUUUUGCAUAUAGAAACUUGUUAAAGGAUUUUUUGAGGAUCAGAGUUUUCGGAUGAAUUUGGGGUUUUGAUUAAGUUUGUGAAACUGCAUUGUGGAUAUUCGAUAACAGAAAAUAUAUAUAUACAUAUAUUCGUGGGAAUUAGCCGUUUGGUUCUUUUUUUUUGUUUUUUUUUUUGGGGGUUUAAUUUGAGAGAUGGAUCCCUUAUCAGUAAUCAGUGAAGAGCUUGCAGAGAUUGACGGCCAAAUUACCGACAUUUUCCGGGCAUUAUCAAAUGGGUUUCAGAAGUUGGAGAAGAUUAAGGACUCCAAUAGGCAGAGUAGGCAGCUGGAGGAGCUUACGGGGAAAUUGCGAGAAUGUAAGAGGCUUAUUAAAGAGUUUGACAGAGAAGUCAAGGAUAUGGAGAGUAGAAACGAUCCAAGCACCAACAAGAUGCUUAAUGAGAAAAAGCAGUCUAUGAUUAAAGAGUUGAAUUCAUAUGUCGCUCUAAAGAAACAGUAUGCAACCAAUCUUGAAAACAAAAGAAUUGAUCUUUUUGAUGGAACGGCUGAAGAGCAUGGGGAAGAAAAUGUCUUGCUAGCCUCAAAUAUGACAAAUCAACAGCUUAUCGAUAAUGGAAAUCGGAUGAUGGAUGAAACUGAUCAAGCCAUUGAGAGGUCAAAAAAGGUUGUUCAAGACACUGUCAAUGUUGGAACAGAGACAGCAGCAGCUCUCAAAGCUCAAACUGAACAAAUGAGUAGGAUUGUUAAUGAGCUUGAUUCAAUCCAUUUCUCAAUCAAGAAAGCAUCUCAGCUGGUCAAGGAAAUUGGUAGGCAGGUUGCAACUGACAAGUGUAUUAUGGUAUUUCUUUUCCUUAUUGUUGUUGGAGUCAUAGCCAUUAUUAUCGUGAAGAUUGUGCAUCCAAACAACAAGGACAUCCGGGAUAUCCCUGGAUUAGCCCCUCCGGCAACCCGAAAAUUACUUUGGAGCCAAAGAUAAGAAAAGAGAAAAAGUUAGGAAGGGAUGAUCAAUGUCUUGACUUUUGUCAGGAUGGUGUUUGUGCUGAGAUUUUAUGAACAUGAGUUUGGCUUGUGAUACUUUUGCCAGUCCUUGGUGUCACACAGCAAAAGUGGUGGGUUAGUGGAAAUAAUAAUGUCAUUGUAAUUUUUGCCCUAGACCGGCCAACAUUUUCCAAAUGCUAGUUCCUAGCUGAUGAACAUGAAUUGGAUGAGAGAUAUGUAUGGUCACAUUUUUUUAUUUUGUUCCCCAGACCCUUAAAGAUUAUAUUUAAAAUUGAGGGAUAUAGCCCAUGUGUGUAAUUGAGGUUGUAUUAUUUUAUAUCCUGUAUAAUAAUAUUUUAGAGAUUUUUUUUUUU